UGGAUUAGAUGGAUAAAGAGGAGGGAUGAGAUGGAAGGAAGCGCGGGCAACGGAUCGACCAAAUCCCUGCGCGCUUGGAAUCGAAGAAGAAACCAAGAAAGUACUCGAACCGCAUGGCCACCGUCUCUCUCCCCGGAGCCGGCUCCAGCCUCCAUCUCUCCUCCGUCAAACGCCCUCGCCCUCCGCCCCCCAGAUCUCGGUCUCAGACUCGAAUCCAAUGCUCUGCAACUAAGGAAAGGUCUAGUGGUAUGGAUCACUGUUUGUCAUUUAAAGGAAUCAGAAAUGUUGCUUGUGGCUUGCUUGCUGCAUGGGCAGUUACGACUGCAUCCCCUAUUCCUGCUGCAAAUCAGAGGCUGCCUCCACUUUCAACAGAACCAGAUCGAUGUGAACGUGCAUUUGUAGGGAACACGAUUGGUCAAGCAAAUGGUGUAUAUGACAAACCAAUUGACCUUCGGUUUUGUGAUUACACAAAUGAUCAUUCAAACUUGAAAGGGAAAUCGCUGGCAGCAGCCCUAAUGUCAGAUGCAAAGUUUGAUGGUGCUGAUAUGUCAGAAGUUGUCAUGUCCAAGGCUUAUGCUGUUGGUGCAAGUUUUAAAGGUGUGAACUUCUCAAAUGCAGUUCUUGACCGGGUCAACUUUGGAAAUGCCAAUCUUCAGGGAGCAGUUUUUAAGAAUACCGUGCUAUCAGGCUCUACCUUCAAUGAUGCUAAACUGGAAGACGCUAUAUUCGAGGACACCAUAAUUGGCUAUAUUGAUCUUCAAAAGCUCUGUGCAAAUACUACGAUCAAUGCAGAAGGAAGAGCGGAGUUGGGUUGUAGAUAACCGUGCCAUAGUGAUGUCAUUCCCGUCCUUGGUUCCUUCCCAUCUUUCCAUAGGCCAGCUGUUCAUAGAGGAACUAAUGAAAAAAGAUGCAAGGUUUUGUUCAAGUAUCCUUUCAUUGGUAAGGGGCAAUAAUUUUCCUUGCCAUACAAUGCAGAAGCCUUGUGUUUAUAAUUAUGGGUUGUCUUCAGCAUGCAUUGUUUCUGUUCCUUUUAACUAAAAGGUCGUAUUUUAUUUAUUGGCUUGAAAGAAUUUGAUGAAUGAAAAUAAAUGAAGAAAGGACAUGGACAAGUCUUCGUGAGAUAUGAGGGAUUUCUGCUUGUAUAAAGUUACUUGGAUAAACUCUACAGAAUUUACAAAAGGAAGCUGCUGUGCGUUAUGG